AUGGCACCGACCCCUCCCCUCUUCUCCGCCGUUUCAUCUUCGGCACGUCAGCUAUUGCUUUUACUCCGCUGCAUCUCUUUCGCUAAGAAAGCACUUGUCCGAGUCUCAGCCGAAGGCCUACGCUUCAGCUGUGAUGAAGGCAGUGCUAUGGAAGCCUUUGUCUUCCUCGAGAGAGCACUCUUCACAUCCUACACUUACAAUGCGCCACCACCACCAUCAUCUCAAGAUGACCCACCACCGCCGCCCAUCUUCGAGAUCAACAUGGUUGCCCUCCUCGAAACCCUCAACAUCUUCGGCCUGUCCGAUCCCAAUGCAAGCAAAAAGCCUGGCGGUUACGACGAUUUCGCCGCACACCGCUUAAACAGACAUUCAGGCAUCAACGCUUUUUCCAACCAUGCGAUGGGAGUCACCGGCGUCUGCAGGUUCGCCUACGACGGCGAAGGCAGUCCACUCAGCAUCCACAUGUCGGAGUCAGGCGUUACUACCACGUGCGACCUUACAACUUACGAAGCAGACAGCACUGAAGAAAUACCAUUCAACCGCGACGACUUGGCUCUGAAGACUAUCAUGCGCUCGAGCUACCUGCUGGACGCGCUGUCCGAGCUCAGCUCCAUGAACCCCACGGUCAUCAACAUUAUUGCAGCCCCACCCUCGCGUCUCGGUGCCAAUAUCUCGCUUUCGGCGACUGGGCCGUUCGGGUCAGCCAAUGUGGAUUUCACAACAAUCACACCGUCCGAGACGCCGGUUUUGGAGACUUUCUACUGCCCGAACAAGACAAGCGCGAGCUUCCGAUUUGCGAGCAUCAAGGCUGCACAACGAGCCAUGAGUGCUGCGACGAAGGUGUCGCUGCGACUGGAUUCGGAGGGUGUACUGAGUAUGCAGUUCCUGGUUGAAGUCGAUGCUGGCUCGGGCGCUGUGGCGUUCGUGGACUUUCGCCUCGUACCGUUGGUGGAGGGUGAG